AUGACCGGAAAGCGCAACGGAGUCGUGCCUAAUGCCCACUUCCGCAAGGACUGGCAGCGUUUCAUCAAGACGUGGUUCAACCAGCCGCUUCGCAAGCAGCGUCGCCACAAUGCGCGCAUUGAGAAGGCCCGUCGUGUGGCUCCUCGUCCCACACAAAAGCUUCGUCCUCUGGUGCACUGUCCCACCAUAAAAUACAACACCAAGGUUCGUCUCGGUCGCGGAUUCACCAUCGACGAGCUGAAGUCGGCUGGCAUCGCUCGCAAGUUUGCCCCAACCAUCGGCAUCAAGGUCGACUACCGUCGCAAGAACCGAUCCGUCGAGUCGAUCCAAAGAAAUGUUGCUCGACUCAAGCAAUACCGAUCGAGACUCAUCCUCUUCCCGCUGAACUCGAAGAAGACCAGGGCUGAGGAGUCUAGCGCUGAGGAGAUCAGCAAGGCCCAGCAGAUCACCGGCACCAUUCUUCCCAUCAUCAAGAACAAGCGAGCCAAGACGGCCCGCGUUCCCACUGCUGAGGAGAAGAAGUUCAACGCCUACCACACCAUCGCUCGCUCCAUUGCCAACAAGCGUCUUGUCGGUAUCCGAGAAAAGAAGGCCAAGGAGGCAGCCGAGUCGCUCGACGCUCCCAAGAAGAAGUAA